GACAGUGGUGUUAUGUGGCUUGUUUGUGGUUGAGUGCAGCUUGCAGCAAGGUGCAGACUAGGAGAAAAUAAGAGUUUUUGGAGCUGCAGCCCAAGCACCCGAGCAUUUUGAAGGCCUCCAUCCCUCUGUGUCUCCUUGCCUGUCAGAAUGUCUGGACGUGGGAAGAAACAAGCAGUGGCUGGCACCUCUGGAAGUACCCCAAAGAGGAGCAAGUCAGCCAGGGCAGGUCUGCAGUUCCCUGUGGGUCGUGUCUUCAGACACCUCCGAAGAGGGAAGUAUGCUGACAGGAUUGGUUCUGGUGCUGCCAUCUACCUGGCUGCAGUGCUGGAGUACUUGGUAGCAGAGAUCCUGGAGCUGGCAGGCAAUGCUGCACGUGAAAACAAGAAGACAAGGAUCCUGCCCAGGCACAUUCAGCUGGCUGUGAAAAAUGAUGAUGAGCUGAACAAGCUCCUUGCUGGUGUGACCAUUCCCGAAGGUGGGGUUCUGCCAAAUAUCCUUGCUCAGCUCCUUCCCAAGAAGACUUUGGUGAAGAAAACUGGUGGAGAUGCUUCUUCUUCCCAAGAAUAUGGUGGUAGCCAGUGAAACUUGCUUUUCCUGGUCUGGUCUGUGCACUCAUGGAUGAUGGGACUCAGUACCACCGAUUUGUAUGUGUCUACUUCUUUGUCAAGUCUUUUGUCUGCUAAUUUUAAGGCAUUUUUUAAAGCAUGUAAUA